GCGAAACGCGGGACAGCUACGCUGCUACGAGCUCGGAGGCGGUUCCGGACACACAGCAGGUCGCCAGCAGUCGACGCUUCGGGUGCACACCAAAAGAGAAUCCAACUUGUGGCCUGUGAAAAGAUGCUAGCCGCCUUCGGCCGCAGCCUGAGCAUGGACCGCGGCGAGGAGGAGCAGGAGACGAACAAUUUGUUACACUUCGACGACGACGAACAGAAGGAGUCGACGACGCUGACCGAAGCCGCGGCGGUGGCGCUGAAAGACGCUAAAGUAAGGGAGAUGCUCGCGGCCUUCCGGAACGAGGGUCCUCAAGCGCUGCAGCGCUACGUCGACGACCCGGCGUGCUCCGAUGCGCUGGACGUCCUGCGAGGGCAGUCGACGGGAAUGGUGGUGCCGCGGCCAGGCGAGCCCGUGGUCGAGGGCUCCAUCGUCGAGCCGGCGGCCGCGGUCGAUGAUCCGCGGACGCGCAUCGCCGCCGAGGGGCUCCAGAAGCCGCAGGUCCGCGAGAUGCUCGAGGCCUUCCGCCGCGAGGGCCCCGCGGCGCUGCAGCGCUUCGCGGGCGAUCCCGACUGCGCAAGCGUCGUCGCGCGCCUGCGGGGCGUAGCGCCGCCGCCGCCUCCCAAAAAGACGCCGCCCGCCACGCGGCGACCGCGCAUAUUGCUAGGCGCGACGGGCUCCGUCGCCACGGUCAAGGUGCCCAAGCUCGCUGUCCAGCUCAAGGCGUUCGCGGACGUGCGCGUCGUCGCGACGGAGCGGGGCAGGUUCUUCCUCGGGAAGGCCCGGACCUACGACGGCGCCGCGUACGGCGCCUUCGAGCAAGCGCAGAUCGAGAUAUUGAGCGACGACGACGAGUGGGCGCGCUGGAACCAGGUCGGCGACCCGGUGCUUCACGUCGACCUCCGCGAGUGGGCCGACCUGUUAUUGAUCGCGCCGCUCGGCGCGAACACGCUCGCCAAGCUCGCCAACGGGCUCUGCGACGACCUAUUGAGCUGCACAGCGCGCGCGUGGGACCUCGACAAGCCCGUGGUCGUGGCGCCGGCGAUGAACACGGCCAUGUGGAGCCACCCGAUGACGGCGCACCACCUGGCCGCGCUGCGCGGCGUCUAUGGGGCGGCCGUCGUCGCGCCGGUGUCCAAGGCCCUGGCCUGCGGCGACGUAGGCAUUGGC